UAUUAUUAUUUUUGGACUAGAUAGAAUAAUAGCAAACGUAAAACUGAUCCGAGUUACAGUCAAAAUCCUCAACCCAUUCUCUGAAUCUCAAAUUAAAAAUGACUUCACCAGAAAACAAUGCUUCUACCCCACGCGCCACCGCAACGUCCACCGUUGACGGUGGCGUAAACGCCGGCCUUAUCAUUUCCACCACCGAGACAAUCCGCUCAUUUCUCGCCGGAGCUUCAUCGGAAAUCGAACUUUCCGAUGACCUGAAAAAACUCGCGUCUUCCCUUUCCGAUCAUCAAACGGUAACGUACAAACAUCUGAGGUCAAUUUGGGUCGGUUCGGACCCAUCAACCCGACCCGAUCUCAUGAGGUUGUUAUCCGGAUCCAAUUUUGUGUUGUGCAGUCCGAAACCGCGGGAAAAAAGUGAGGAGCUUAAAGCGCGGUUGAGGAAACUAGAAGAAGCUUUGGAGAGGAAAGCUUAUGAUGAAUUGGUUAAGGAUAUUACUCCUAAGAAAGCUGUUGAUGAGCCUUUUUCUUCUUAUAAAGAUCAAAUGGGCUUUGGUUUACAUGUUGCUUUAACAAUGUUCACUGGCUAUCUGGUGGGAUAUUAUGCAUUCAGGGCCUUAUUUAGUCACAGUCCAGCAAUGAGCGCCGCCGGAGGCAUUCUUGGAUUGGUCAUUGGCAUGCUUGUCGAGACACUUCUCUUUAUUAUUAGAACUUCGAGUAUAGAUAAAAAACCGGCUAGAAAAGCUACUUCGUUCACAACGAAGCAGAAAAAGAAUCAGUAGGCUUCACUACAAGAAUCUGGUUCCUUCUUUUUUUUUUACUGAAAAUAGGAAUAAAUUUUUUGGUAUUCAGCAUCUUAUUCAUUUCUCUCAUGUGUAUUUUUACGCUGUAAAAAUAUGUGUACUUUGAUUUGUGUAGCUCACUAUAGAUAUGUUAUACCCACAAAGAGAAGUAUUUCCUCGCAAUGAGAAACUAUUUAUGAUUGGAAUAUUGAGAAGUUUUACAAUCA